UCUGCUCACCUGGCAGGUGAAGCCAAUGAUCUUGAUCAGCACCUGCCAGGUAUUUAAGUCAGAGGAGGCCAUAACCAGGAGAGAGGCAUGCAGAGAGAGCAGAGCAGGAGGCUGAGGAACAGUGGGUUGAGUUGGAGCUGUGCUGGUUGGUUGGUUGUUUCCAUUUUUGAUUCCCUCUUGGUCCUCAGCAGUCUUAUACUGCUGGGUUUUGUUAUUUUAGUUUGGGGUUGGACCUUGGUAGUCCUUAUUUGCGGGCUUUGUUUAUUUUGUUUCAAUAGUUACAUUUUGUUAGGCAGCCUUAGCAGGGACCUGCUGACUCCGACGGUCAACGUGGCUGGGUCAGUUGUCUCCCUGAAUUAUUUUCUGUUUGGCCAAGGCUCCAAUCCCUUUGUUUUGUCUAUUGUUGGGACCAGCACAGUAAUUAUUGCUUUCUGUUUUACAGGACACAGGUUAUUUCUACCAUCUAAUAAACUGUGUUCCUAAACUUUGGUGUCCAUCGUCCAUAUGUUUUGGCCCCUUUUUGAUUUACCCCUAGACUGGGACAGGUUUGCCUGUCGGGGGCCGUAACAUAUUUGGGGGCUCGUCCUUAAAGCUUUAUCCCGCUUGACCAGUGGCAGUUUUUGUGUUGGCAAUACUUAUUUGGAGGUCUGUCUUUAUACAGCCUGUAUUGUCUUUGUCAUCUGCCCAGGGUUUUGGGGUGCUGGAAUGCGCAUUUGUGACUCGUGUUAGCACUCCGUUUUGGGGUGCUUUUCUUUGUGCCUCGUGCUGACACUUUGUUUGGGCUUAUUUGCUCAUUUGUGUAGAUUUAUUUACACAUCUUUGGACACCAGUUUGUGGUUUUUGUGUAAUCUUCUGCUUCGGUUUUUUCCCUCUCUCUCUUACUCCUUUGUUAAGCCCCUGCCUGUCAGUUGACUGAGGGUCUGCUGUUUUGACCUGAGUGAAAUUUUGUUGCUCCCGUUGGAGGUAUUUUGUUUGGGAAGAUGAGUUUGCCGGACAGCGAAGCUUCUACGUCUCUCCGUCUUAAGGAGCUUGAGGUUGAACUGCUCCGUUUGAAAAUCAAAAAGAAGGAAGUUUGUUAUGAGUUUGAGCUCAGAAAAAUUAAGGAGGAAAACUACAGGCAAAUCUGCCUAAAGGAGCUCGAAUUGCAACAAGCCACCUCAGUUGUACCACCUCCUUCCUUUUGUGUGACACCAUUUGAUGUGGACAAAUGUGUUAAAUCUGUACCUCCACUAGGUGACAGGGACAUUAAUGAGUAUUUUGCUCUGUUUGAGAAUGCUGCUAGGGUGUUGCAGUGGCCUAAAACUGUCUGGUCACUUUUGCUGCGGAGAGUCCUUACUGGGAAGGCACAAGAAGCGGUGGUGUCCUUGCCAGCCACUGAGAGUCUGGACUAUGACAGGGUGAAGGCUGAGGUGCUACAUGCAUAUGCACUUGAGCCUGAGGUUUGUGGAGGUGAUGGUGGAUUUAUCAGGAAAACAAAUGAUCUGGCUGACGACAAAGCCCUGAUAAACCAACAUGAUGAUCCCGUCUCUGUUAAUCAGGUUUCUGAUUUGGUUGGGAAACGUCCUGAAGUUUUUCCUGCCCAAGCCAGAAGGCAGGAGCAGGACGAAUCUGCAGAAAAGGACUUUCUAGACCUGAGUGACAGCUUCAUGGCUCAUUUUGAAACACCUGGCCUGCAGCCUGUCGAAAUUCAUGUUUGCAUUGGUGGCCAUGAGGCCAGAGUCCCUGAUCCCCCUCCGCUUGGGUGUUUACCCUUUUCUGGAACUGCUUCAAAGGGACCAACUGUGUUUCCUCUGAAGCAACUGAUCUUAAACAUGCGUUACCUUUUAUUAACAUCCCACUUAGUAAUAGGUGCUCCAAGGAACCAAAGCAGGACUGGACUUCAGUGCCAGCUUCUGAAGCCAUCCUCAACUCACACACAACCAAGGCAGACCUUUUACAGGAGAGGUGGCUCUGUGAUGAUGAACUUGAGAAUUCUGGAGCAUUUGUUCUUCAAGGACUGGGCCCUACAGGUUUUGAGUUAUUCCACCACAAAACCUGUUGGUGGAAUGAAUCAGUGCAAAAGAUCAGCAAGACCUCAAAGUUGCCUUUAAAAAGAACAUUUAGUCUGACAGUAUUGCUUGUGAACAUGUUUAUUUUUUCAUUUUUCUACUUGCAGGAAACUGGCCCCCAUGUUCACAAGUUUAUGGGUGGAGGUGUUAUGUCUUGCUGCUUCUGCUUUGCUGCAUUCCAUGUCAUUCUGCUCACCUGGCAGGUGAAGCCAAUGAUCUUGAUCAGCACCUGCCAGGUAUUUAAGUCAGAGGAGGCCAUAACCAGGAGAGAGGCAUGCAGAGAGAGCAGAGCAGGAGGCUGAGGAACAGUGGGUUGAGUUGGAGCUGUGCUGGUUGGUUGGUUGUUUCCAUUUUUGAUUCCCUCUUGGUCCUCAGCAGUCUUAUACUGCUGGGUUUUGUUAUUUUAGUUUGGGGUUGGACCUUGGUAGUCCUUAUUUGCGGGCUUUGUUUAUUUUGUUUCAAUAGUUACAUUUUGUUAGGCAGCCUUAGCAGGGACCUGCUGACUCCGACGGUCAACGUGGCUGGGUCAGUUGUCUCCCUGAAUUAUUUUCUGUUUGGCCAAGGCUCCAAUCCCUUUGUUUUGUCUAUUGUUGGGACCAGCACAGUAAUUAUUGCUUUCUGUUUUACAGGACACAGGUUAUUUCUACCAUCUAAUAAACUGUGUUCCUAAA